UUAAAUUUAAAACAAAACAAAAUGCCAAAGUAAUAAAAUCUCUCAAUACAACUCCCAGUCUCAGGCCAAUUCCCUCUCGGAGGAGUUUUGUUAUAGGUGGAAUCAGAAUCCUAACUGACAAGUGGGACGGUGUCCUUUUUAGCCUUAUAAAAAGAAACCAAACCGAAACCUUCUAUUCAUAACCAACCAUUAGCUGUUCUUCGUUUUCGUUGUAGGUUUCGAUCGCUGCUUUUUUGUUGUUUUUUUUUCUUUUAUUUUUUUUUUGUUUCAAUACUCGAAAGAAAAAAGAGAGAGAGGGGAGGAGAGAUGGGCGUCAUUGUAGAAGAAGAAGAAGAAGAAGAAGAAGAAGAAAGGAACGACGUCGUAAUGGAGCCGCCGCCUAAUUUUUCGAUGGUUGAAGAAGGCAUUUACAGAUCUAGUUUCCCUCAACCCUGCAAUUUCGCUUUCUUAGAAACCCUAAAUCUUCGAACCAUCAUAUAUUUGUGUCCAGAGCCCUAUCCUGAGGAAAAUUUGGAGUUUCUCCGAUCUCAUAAUAUCCGGCUUUUCCAAUUCGGCAUUGAAGGGAAAACGGAGCCUUCUGUUGUUAGUCUCAAGGAUGCCAUCAGCAGGGCCCUCAAGAUCUUAAUUGAUGUGAGAAAUCAUCCUGUUUUGAUCCAUUGCAAACGUGGAAAGCAUCGCACAGGUAGCCUUGUUGGUUGCUUGAGGAAAUUGCAGAAUUGGUGUCUGUCAUCUGUAUUUGAGGAGUAUCAACAUUUUGCUGGCAUCAAAUCCAGGACUACUGAUUUGAGAUUUAUAGAAACAUUUGAUAUCAUAUGCAUCAGGCAGUGUCUUCACAGCAUCAUUUAUCAGUACCAAGGAUACGGUUCUAAAAAGAGGCGGUUGCUUUACAGAGAAGAGACUGUACAGAAUCCCCAAAUAACUUCGAUUUAGAUGAUCCGCACACCGUUGUUUUACUCAGGAACUCACUUUUCUCAUCAUUGUUACAUAUAGGUUUUGUCCAGAGUGGUUGCUUAAAAUCAGUUUUUCAAUUGCUCUUAUACAGCUUUUAAAACAAAUAGUGUAGGUGGACUUUCCCUUUGGAAAUUAGUUGUUAUAGAUAGGAUAGGUGGAGAAGCAUUUCUGCAAGUCCUAAUUGGCAUUUCUAGGUUUUGUAGUUCUAUUAUACCAGAACAAGAAGUUUGCAUUUAUUGAAAUUUUUACGGGGAAAGAUAAAUGAAGAAAUUGGUUUCUUUCUCUCUCUCACAAUGUACGAAUGCAUCAGUUAACCAUGUUUCUCUGUUUAUUGGGAAUCAACCAAGGCUUCCAAAGGUUGAUUGGCAGCAAUAACAUUGAUAAUGCCGAUAUAAUGACAUUGAUAUAUGCUUAAUAUAUGCUA